AUGGCGGCCGUGGAGACCGAAGAGCCAGGCACGUACGUGUCCUCCGAGGGCAGGGCGGCAGUCAUCGAGGUGCCGAGCGACCAGCAGGCGCUGGUGUCGCAGGAUGUGGAAAGACUGAAGAAGGAGAAAGAGGCGGAAGAUGCAAAGUGGGCCCAGAAGUGGGCGGAGGACAAGAAGUGGGACGACAAGAAGUGGGAGGACAAGAAGUGGGACGACAAGAAGGGGGGCGACAAGAAGUGGGAGGAUAAGAAGGGAAACCAGAAAGUGGGACGACCAGGGACGGGACCAGAAAUGGGACGACAAGAAGUGGGAGGAGCCCGCCACGCUUGCUCCUGA